AUGGAGAACCAUUUUCCAAACUGGGACUAUCACACUAGUUCCAUCAUUGAAGGUCGUAUCUUAGUAAUGUGGAGAAGAUCGUUUGUUAAAACCAUUAUUUUAGAGGAAUCCUCUCAAGCAAUUCAUUGUCAGGUGAAGAUGUUGGGUUUGCAGCAGGAAUUCGGGGUCACAUUCGAUUAUGGUCUUAAUUCGAUUGAGGGCAAGGACAGAGCUGGAGGCAAGGCUGUUUCAGACUCAGAAUUACAUGACUCUUUAAAUUGGUUGGCUAGUGCUCAGGUUGAACCUCUUCGGGGUAUUGGCUCCUAUUACACGUGGUCUAAUAAUCAAGAGGGUGCCGCUAGGAUAUAUUCUAAAAUUGACCAUGUUUUGAGCAUUGAAAAUUGGGAUCCAAAAAUUUUCGCUAUUACAACUACUGGGCAGAGCACAAGGAUUUCAAUGAGUUGGUUGUUAAAAGCUAGAGAGGCCCAAUUACAGCUUAUGGACCGAAUAGGAGAUUUACAAGCAAAUUAUCAUAAGGCCAAGGAUGCUUAUCAAGUUGCUCAGCUGCAAGCUCAAGCUCACCCCCUUGAUUCUUGCUAUGAAGAGGCUGAGAGGACUGCAGCAGGGGAGUUUUCUGUUCAAGAGAGUCCUAGUUCUGCUUCAGGCAGGGUUAAUUUGCAGCAUAUUGACUUAGGUCCAAAGCUAUCAGUUGAGCAGCAAGUUUCGCUUUUGAGACCUUUCUCUAAGAAGGAAAUUCGGGAGGCUUUAUUUAGUAUUCCUAAUACUAAAUCUCCAGGUCCUGAUGGGUAUGGUUCCGGCUUCUUUAAAGAUGUUUGGAGUAAAAUAGGUGAAGAGGUUUGCUCGGCUAUCUCUUACUGUUUUGAAUCUGGAAAUUUUCCUUCUAAGCUUCAUGAAACAACCAUUUCUUUGAUUCCUAAGAUUGCUAAUCCUUCUCGGGCUGUCGACUAUAAGCCAAUAGCUUGCUGUUCCACACUGUAUAAAUGCAUGGCUAAGUUGAUUUGUAAGAGGUUGGCUGUUGUUCUUCCAGUUAUUGUUCAAUCCAAUCAAGGAGCUUUCAUUCAAGGUCGAUCUAUUGCUCACAAUAUCAUGAUCUGUCAAGAUCUUAUUAAAAAUUAUGGGAGAGUUUCUACUUCUUUGAGAUGCGUUAUUAAGAUAGAUUUGAGCAAAGCUUACGAUACCGUAGAUUGGCUGUUUCUUGAAGGUUUGCUGAAAGCUUUAAAGUUCCCCAUGAAGUUUAUAGGCUGGGUUAUGUCUUGUGUUAGGAAUACCACCUAUUUUCUAGUGAUGAAUGGCCGAAUUCAAGGCAAGUUUAAAGGGGGGAAGGGGCUGAGACAAGGUGAUCCUAUGUCACCUCUUUUAUUUGUUCUCAUCAUGGAGUAUUUGACUAGAAGUCUUCAAUAUGCAGCGCUUAAUUCCCUUUUUUGUUUUCAUCCGAUGUGCAAGAAUUUAAAGCUCAUUAAUUUGUGUUUUGCGGAUGACUUGCUUAUUUUUUGCAAGGGAACUCUCCCAGCUGUUAGGAGUGUUAAGAGGGUGCUUGAUGAGUUUGCCAUUGCUUCUGGUUUGAACAUUAAUACUGAAAUUAAGAUUGAAGAUUCAGACUGGGCUAGUAGACACCUCUCCUUUGCUGGCCGGAUUCAACUUAUUAACUCUGUUCUUCUUGGGCUUCGUAACUAUUGGAUGUCUAUCUUUGUUUUUCCCCAAAGUGUAGUCAAGGAAGUUGAAAGACUUUGUAGAGGGUUCCUUUGGGGAGUUUCUGGGCAGAGGAGUAAAUUGCAUAACCCUUCUUGGCAAAAAGUUUGCCGUCCCAAAGCUUAUGGUGGCUUGGGGUUUAGAGAUGGUUCCUUGUGGAACCGGUAUGUUCUGGCUAAGUAUAUUUGGGCCUUAUCUUUCAAGCCUGACUUAUUAUGGGUUAAAUGGAUUAACUCCAUUUAUCUGAAAGAAAAGAGCUUUUGGAACUAUGAUUUAAAGGGGGACUGCAGCUGGUACUGGCGGAAAUUGUGUCAUCUGAAAAAGUACUUCAGUUCUGCUGCCAUUUCAGCUGCUGGUAUGAAGAGCAAAUUCCUGUCUUCAAAACUGUAUAGUAGUCUCCUGACUUAG